AUGCCCAGUCUCGCGGACGGUGUUUUGUCCCCCGACGUCUCCCCAAACGCGCAGGUCGACGAGUUCAAGGAUGAGUUCUCAAAGCCCAACCCACAUGCACCUCGAGAGCUCAGUACGCUGCAGGCCGUUGGCCUCAUAGCGACAUGCACGACUGCAAUGCUUCUAACCACUGCGAAUGCCACCGCUAUUUCCAUCUCCCUACCAACCAUCGGCGACGACCUUUUGAUUCCCGAGUACCGACUGCAGUGGCUCAUCUCUGCAUACUCUCUCAGUUCUGGCUGCCUUCUGCUUUUCUUUGGUCGAAUAGCCGAUCUUUACGGUCGCCGAAACGUCUUUCUUCUCGGUGUCCUCACCCUCGGAGUGUUUGGUCUGGGGUGUGGCUUUGCCAAUGACGAAAUCACGAUGGACAUUCUUCGAGGCUUCCAAGGCUUAGGCGCUGCCGCAUGCAUUCCAGCCGCACUUGGAAUUCUCGCACAUGCGUUCCCACCCUCUCGGAUUCGUUCGGUCGCUUUUGCCACUUUCGCUGCAGGCGCGCCCGUCGGCGCCGCGCUCGGUAGCGCAAUCGGUGGAGUCCUAACCCAACUUACAGAAAAACGCUGGAGAUCGACGUUUUGGUUCAUGACUGGCCUGUGUGCCCUCACCAUCAUCGGUGGAGUCGCCAGCUUCGACCCCGACGGGCCUUCACUUGAACUUGACCGUCGCGUCGACUGGCUUGGCGCCUUCCUCGUGACGGCCGGCUUGGUGCUUGUCGUCUUCGCGCUGAGCGACGGCACCAUCGCCCCAGAAGGGUGGCGCACAGGAUACAUCAUCGCACUGCUCGUAAUCGGCGUACUCCUGCUUGGCGCGUACAUUGCCUGGGAGUUGUACCUCGAGCGCAAACAAGACGCACGCUCGACCGCGUGGUGGACGCCACCGCCGCUCAUGCGCGUCACUCUCUGGACCCGCGCACGCGGCAAGCUCGCCGUUACGCUCGUCCUUGCCCUGCUCGAAUACGGCAGCUUCAUGUCAUGGAGCUACUGGGUGCAGCUCUAUUACCAAGAUUACCUCCUGCUCUCCCCGGUGCUCACCAUGGUGCGGAUGAUUCCGAUGUUUGUCACGGGCGUAGUAUGCAACGUGUUUGUCGCCAUGUUCGUCGGCCGCGUGCCGAUUGCGAUCAUCUUGUCAUGCGGCACGCUGCUCACAGCCACGGCUUCGCUCUUGUUCGCGCUCAUCGACCCCGCGGAACCAUACUGGGCGUUCGGCUUUCCAGCGGCCGUGCUGUCCGUGUUUGGCGCCGACUUUGUGUUCUCCUCAGGGACCCUGUUCGUCGCCAAGGUGUGUCUACCGCACGAGCAGAGCGUUGGGGGCGCCAUAUUUCAGACGAUGACGCAGCUCGGCUCCGCGUUUGGGCUGGCGAUCACGACGAUCGUGUAUGACUCGCAGCUUUCGAAGGAGUCCCGCAAAUACGGGGUAAUCGUGAACCAGAACGGGACGAACGCACCGCCCGCGGCGCAGCUGGCCUCGUACAAGGGCGCCAUGUGGGCUGGGUUUGCGAUUGGCGUGCUUGGCACAGUGCUUGCGGCGUUAUGCCUCCGCGGGGCAGGCAUUGUUGGGCACCAGAAGGGCGGAGACAACGAGUCUGCGAUGAGCGGCGAGACGGUGCGCGACGAGGAGGCUCAGCGGGCUGAGCGUGUGCAAUCAGAAAAGAAGUCGUGA